GUCUCCCGGUUUAGCAUGCAACAGUUCCGUCUGAUGAAGAAGAGGAAUCUAGGCGUCCCCCCUUCUGUGUGCUGAACAACGCAACAGGCAUCUUAACAUCACUAUCGACGAAGACCCGAAUCAUGGAUGCCGAACCCAACUAUCGCCGGACAAAACCGGGUGUUAGGUCCAAUCAGCAUGAGAGUACAAACGGAAGCUCUGGACCCACGUCACAGAUUCCGGGUUUGUCAGCAAGUGCUGAUAUUACACCUGAAGAAAGAACAAAAGGACGCCGUGUAGGAAUUCAGUCCACUGACUCGGACUACGUUAAACUUGCAAAACAAGGGGGACAGAAAGGUUUGCUGAGCCAUGAUGACCCUGUGGAAGCGAAACCCAGUUCCUACCAACCUUCUAAUUGGUUCUCUGGCUCACCAGAUGAUCAAGAGAGCGGAGGUAAAGCAACUACCCCUGAUGGAUUCAGCAAGGGUCAGUCUAAAGGGGCCGCACAACCGCUGGAGCCCCCUUUUGGAACUGAUGACUGUUCAACCUGGGAGAGGGAGUCUGAUGAUAGCAAGAAGAUCAGCCAUGCAACAUCUGAGAUGCAGAAACUCUCCCUAAGCCAAAAAGAAAUUGAUGAGGUCAACAAGUUCAAAAAGACGUCUCAUGAGAAGAAGAAGGCAACUCCAGUCAACAUGUCCAAACUGUUAAGCUUUGGUUAUGUUGAGGAAAAUAAGAAAUCUCCCAAUGAUGAUGAUGCUUCAAGCAUUUCUUCUGAGCAAACCAGUACCAUUGAACCAGAGGAUGACUUGGAAUAGAAGACGUUGUUCCCCUAAACCCUUCUUCAUGAAUUUGUUCUUCUCUCGUAUCCACUAGCUCUUUUGCAUCAACACCCCUCUCUCUGCUUUAUGCAAUACACAUAAACCAGUGUCAGUCAUUUUGCAUCUUUAUCUAAACAACACAUUUGUGUAAUACUCACAUAACCUGUAUGGUGCUUGUCAUCAGAAUAAAUACACCCCUAGAAAGGAGGUAUAUUUGUUAAGGCAUGUGCACCAUAAAAUAAAUCCAUGAUGCAUUGAGCAUUGAUGCCAAGGUGGAGCUGAUUUUUCAGAAUUUCAUAAUAUUCAUUCGAGAACUCACUCAUUGCACAACCAUGUGCCAAAACCUUAGGAACACUCAAAAUAUCACACAUGAUACACAUAUUACACAUAGACAGAUAGGAUGUACUUAUGCCACGUUAAACAGCGGUGUCCCAACUCACACCGUCAAAGAAAAUGUGUAUAAGCUGCAAACCCUUAUUACACUCUCCAUGGCUGUUUCUUAGUCUGGCUUGAACACUUUUGAGUGCUCUUGUGCCCCUUGUAGUUAACUAGUUGAGCGCAUUCUUGGCAGACAAAAGGCCAAUACACUAAAUGAAAUAAGGUGAUGCCCUUAGUAAGGAUUUGAGAACAGGAAGGGGGUUUAGGGAGUUUGCGAUUGUGAAUGUGUUUUAUUGUUAACAUUGAUGUGAUCGUAUUUUGCUGUUAUAUGCUGUUUAAUUUUGUUUUCUCCCUUCUUAAUGUUUACACUUGCUGUCAUUUAAUGUCUAUAAAUGAUAUCAAAAUAAAUUUGCAUGUGCAUGAA